UUUGCAGAGAAGUAGCGUCCCUUAGUUGUCAUCAACCGGAAGUGAAAGUCUAGCGUCCUUGGCAUUGGUACAACCUUCACCUUCUUGAUUGACAGCAAGCCGACAGGAGAUCAAGUUCUUCGAAAAACUAAUUCUUAUUUCUUUCCUGAAAAGGUCUUCUUACGCCCCUACACACCCAGACAUGCCACUGUUUCCACAGUAUCUGACCCCUGAGCAGGAAGAUGAACUCCGCCAGAUUGCCAAUCAGAUUGUGGCACCUGGAAAAGGAAUUCUGGCUGCUGAUGAAUCAACAGGUUCAAUGGGCAAGAGACUGGAACCAAUUGGUGUGGAAAACAAUGAGGAAAACCGCAGACGUUACCGUGAAUUGCUGUUCACAACUGAUGCUUGCAUUGCUGAAAACAUCAGUGGUGUGAUUAUGUACCAUGAAACCUUCUACCAGAAAGCAAAAGAUGGCACUCCAUUCACCAAGAUUCUGCUGCAGAGAGGAAUCCUGCCGGGUAUCAAGGUGGACAAAGGCAUUGUCCCCCUUGCUGGCACUGAUGAUGAAUGCACAACCCAGGGUCUGGACGGGCUGUCUGAGCGCUGCGCCCAGUACAAGAAGGACGGUGCCCAGUUUGCCAAGUGGCGCUGCGUUCUGAAGAUCGGCUCCCACAAUCCGUCCUACCAGGCCAUGCUGGAGAACGCCAACGUGCUCGCAAGAUACGCCAGCAUCUGCCAACAGAAUGGACUGGUGCCAAUUGUGGAGCCAGAAGUGCUUCCCGACGGCACACAUGACCUGUACACAGCACAGAAAGUCACAGAACAGGUGCUGGCGUUUACAUACAAGGCGCUUGCUGACCACCACGUGUUCCUUGAAGGCACCUUGCUGAAGCCCAACAUGGUGACCGCUGGCCAGUCAUGCACCACCAAGUUCACGGCCAAUGAUAUUGCUAAGGCCACGGUCACUGCACUCAGCAGGACUGUUCCACCUGCAGUCACAGGAGUUACAUUCCUGUCUGGGGGUCAGUCAGAAGAGGAUGCAUCCAUCAACUUGAGUGCUAUCAAUGCAUUCAGCGGACGCAAACCCUGGGCUCUCACGUUCUCGUAUGGGCGUGCUCUCCAGGCCAGCGUGUUGAAGGCCUGGCAAGGCAAAGAAGAGAAUGUUAAGGCUGCACAGAAUGAACUCAUCAUGAGGGCCAAGGCCAAUGGACUGGCUGCCCUGGGACAGUACAAAGGGGAUGUCAAGAGUGCGGCUGCAGGACAGUCGUUGUUUGUAGAGAAACACGCUUAUUAAGAGACAUGUUCAAAAGAACUUUUAAACAAAAAACUUAGUGAAAUUGAACAAUUUGUUUUCCUAUGUGUUGUAAUAUGCUUUUUAUCUGAUACAUAAUAUUGCAUAUUCAAUUUUUGUAUAUUUCCCAAACAACUUAUUUCUUAAGGUAAUAUAGAACAAAAGUUUGUAAAUUGUAUAGCUCUUUCAUCUAAUGUAAUAAAACACAUGUACUAAUUAGAUGUUUUUAUUAAACAUUAGCCAAACCAUCUAAUGUUUAUAUAUUGCUUUUACACAAAUUAUCUCUCACAUUGGGUCAAAUCUCUGUAUUAUUUUAUUUUCACUGACCCCAUGCUUUGAUAUGGUGCAUGUCCUUUUUUCUGUUGAAUCCUUUUCAAAAAUACUGUCUAAGCAUAUUUUCUUAAGCAAUUAAAAGUAUUUUAUGUGUCCUUUAGCUGUACCUGCUAUGUUUACAAUAUCUAGUACAGACAUAUUGUUUGUCAACUGCAUUAGUUUUAUGUUGGUGUGAUACUUCAGUUUAAAUUUAUCAUUAAAAUUUAUGAACUUUUAAUGCUUCAGUAUUAAUGCUUAAAAAAUGUUUGUAAGUAAUCUAGUUUGAAUUUUAGAUGUAAACAAUUCUAUCUUGAAAUAAUUUUCAAUAAUGUAUAAUACUCGUUUAAACAAAGAUCAAUUUAUUUGUUGUUUUA